AUGGGUUUCACCACUUGUGCGAUAAUUCCCAUAGCGAGCAGCAUUUUGAGUGUUGCUUAUUUUUCAUUUCCCAACCCGCUAGCGUCCGCACAACUUUUGAUAGUGCUUUUCGAAUCUUGCUCGAGAAACAGAUCUGUCGUCACCCUGUUCGGAGCCCUCGUGCACGCGGGCUCCGAUGCGAACGCUAAGAAAUGUGCGGAUGCAUCUCGACGCGUUGAUAAUUGCAACUUGUUUCCUUUUGGGUUUGCUGCCGCAAGCUGGGGAGCUGCUGCACUACCUAACGAAUUCUGUGGAUCCCUGUUUGGAAGUCAUCUUAACAGCGGGUUUAAGCGCCAAACAUCUCACUACAUUGCAUGCGCCGUUAAGCCCCCAAUCUCGAGGAAAAACUGCGGCGACAACUAA